AUGUCUAAGCGUAUGAUCAGUGACGUCUACAGUGUCUGCUGGAAACUGUCUCCCUCGGGUGCUGCUGAGCCAGCCAGGACUAUUCGCAAGGCAAGAGGACGUCUCAGUCGUCUCACUUCUAGCCAGCACAACACAGCUUACUAUGAUCCUUUUCAAACAGAACAAGUCCAGCAGCAGCAGCAGCAACAACAGAAUAAUAAUAAUAAUAAUAAUAAUAAUAAUCAUUAUCAAAGAUUAGAAGAAUCAGCACCAAAACGGCAGCGUUCGCUUACUUCCGUUGUCUUUAAACACCUUGCGCCGGUAGUUGUGUAUGGUACUGCACUGGCACUUUCGGCCUAUGACUUCUUUUUGGCCGACCUCUCAUUAAUGAGAACUGAGAGGAAAAAGCAGCCGGCCAUGCGCGGCUUUGGGGUCGACUUUGCACCCUUCUUUGACCGCACCCCUGAGCAGGAGUCCCGAAAGCAGCUUCACGACGAAAGCCUCCGACGCAUAUGCCUCGAAAAGACUCGGUCCAUGCAAGUGGCGCCACGCCUCUUGUCCUCGGACAACAAUGAUUGGGGAUACAUUGACAAAAAUGACUAUCACGUCCACUUUUUCUCUACCGGAACACCACCACCCAAACCAAAGCGACAUCACACCCUUGGACGGCACUAG